AUUCACAUUCACCAAACUACAACCAUCAUAAUAUCACUCCACUACUGAAGCACGCACAGGCACUGAUGGAAGUUUUCACUCAUUAUUCGCCGGGGUCUGAGAGUAGCAGCAGUCUUAGCGCGGCGCACUUGUCGGACGAGGAGAUUCGGCUGGCUUCCAGGAACCCGAAGAAGCGGGCGGGGAGGAAGAAGUUCAAGGAGACGAGGCACCCGGUGUACCGGGGGGUGAGGAGGAGGAACUCCGCGAAGUGGGUCUGCGAGGUGCGGGAGCCCAACAAGCAGACCAGGAUAUGGCUGGGGACGUUUCCCACGGCCGAGAUGGCGGCGCGAGCCCACGACGUGGCGGCGAUAGCGCUGCGGGGAAACACCGCCUGCCUCAACUUCGCGGACUCGGCUUGGCGGCUGCCGGUUCCGGCUUCGGGAACGGCCAAGGACAUUCAGCGGACGGCGGCGGAGGCCGCUGAGGCGUUUCGGCCUGCAGAGACGAAGGACGCCGAGGAGGAAAGACAACCGUCGGAGACCGUGUUCUUCAUGGACGACGAGAUGGUCUACGACAUGCCGGGGUUGCUGGCAAAUAUGGCGGAGGGGAUGCUCUUGCCUCCGCCUUACUGUGUGGGAUAUGAUGGGUACGGCGGGGAUGACAUGGAAGCCGAUGCGGACGUUCCAUUGUGGAGCUAUUCAAUUUGAUCCUACUUGCUGUUGUUGUGAUUAUAUAAGAUAUAAUCAUAAUAUAUGAAUAGUUUUUAGAGUACACUAGAAUGGGUACUGGAGAUUUUCGUUGUUUAGGGAAGCCAACUUUUACUCCGUACUUGUUUUUGAUUAAGUUCGGACAGUAUUUGUGUUGGACCCACCAAAAACAAAAACAAAUUUUUAGUAUUUGUGUUGGAGGGAGAAGUCAAAAGAGUCCCCUUGUAUAUUGCUUGGCCCAAAAAAAAAAAAACAAAAGAA